CAAUAGUAAAGACAAGACUUCAACGGAGGACAAAGUGCAACUUGCAAGUACGUACGUCACCUGAAAACGCCCUACCUAACCGUUGCGGCAGAACACACGUAUAGUCACACGCACGUGAGAUGCGUCACGUCACGUGAGAUGCGUCACGUAAUGGCAUCGCAACACGCGACCGAAUUGCCUUUGCUAUUGGACUUCCACCACAACUCACCGCUACAAAUAACCAACUCCUUUGGAAUCAUGUCCAAACUAGAUAUUGAUCAGAUUAGAAGGAUGUGUAAUCCUGUCACGGGAGUCAGGGCAGAGAUCCUCCUCGCGUUGGCCAAAGCGAAGACGGGACCAGGCUCGGGUUAUGACCUCGGGAAAGGGUCUUCCGGUUUGGCUGCAAUCUGUGCGUAUCUUGCUUCUGAAGAACUCGGAAACGGAGAUGUCACAGAAAAGCAAGCACAAUCGUCGGCAUGUCUUGAUCCGAAGGUGUUCCAUAAGACAUUGAAUUCUGUUAGGACCGUACUCGGAGCGGAUAAGAAUAAUGCGGGGAGAAGAUCUCGACAACUUUUCUAUGAUCGCCUUGUACAGGAGUUCAACUUCCGGCGAGAAGAAUUCAUGAUUUCCUGCAUGGAGGAUGCGGAAAAAGCUCUCAUACAGAACCGCGAGCUUCGAGGAAGAUUAGCUCCUCCAAACGAUGUUGUGACGCUCGCUGUGUUUCUGUGGACGUGCAAUGUCCUUAGAAUACACAGGGCCCAAAUGGACACCUACCACGAGGAUCAUGACAUUUCUUCAGGGGAUCUCAAACAAGUCCGACAAGUUCUGGACGCUAGUUGUGCAUCUGUUGCUCGAGAGAUUAAACUGAAGGUCAAUGCCUUGCGAAGUGAACGUACAGGUGCUCCUCCCACAGCCACAAAGGAACCUUCCAAAGGUUCUGCACCCUCUUCUCCUAACAAAUCAGCACUCCAACGGACUCCUUCGAAGUCUGCACUUAGAGCAGCGAGCCUUUUGUCGUCUCCUACGAAGACACCCACGACAAAGCGGAAAGUGGCCUUUCACACGGAAGGUGAAGAUGAUAACAUGGUCGAUGCUCCUUUGGAGACACCUACGAAGAAGAAGGCUAAGCUCGUUGGCUCUUACAAUACUAUCAAUACUCACGAAAGAGCGUUACCCGCCAUCGAUUUCACGAAAGUAGGAAAGUCACCGAAAAGUGGUGCAGCAUCGUCCUCCAGGGUCACACUGGAUCUCCUUCAACGAGCACGACAGUCAGAUACGUCGGAUACGGAGAUGGCGAACGUCGAAACUGAUGGUGAAACUCCGAUGCUGGUUGAGAUGGAGAGAUCUGCCCCGUCUAUACCUUCGACUCCUCGCCACCCGAAGCGAAGCACAUUAUUCCCAGCAACACCCGGCGAAUUCGAUAUGACACCUAGUCGUCGACAACGCCGGCGUGCGGCAGAAAUAGAAGAUGAAGACGAGGUAGAAGACGAGGAACCGGUCUUACCACGGCGACAUAGACCUGCCUUGCUCGGUCAUCGACAAUGGUUGCAGCGCGAUCCUCGUCUUGAGCGUGAGCAGAAGAUGGCAGAGGUAACAAGACGGAGCAUGCUGGAGAAGUAUGGACAUCCAUUCGAGCACUUACGACUGGCUGCAGCAGUUUCAUGAGAAAUCUGUACAUUGUACGAUAGCUACGUUCCUACAGAGCCGUGUAAAAUUACUAGCACAGAGAAGAUCGAGCAUGGAUAGAUAACCAAAAGAUGUAACAGGACAAAGAUUUGGUUGAUAUAUCGUUCAAAAUGAGGGUAUGCAGACGGCGGGUAUCCAGAGUCACUAUAAUAUGUAUCAUUUCUUCUUCACCCUGGCGCUCGCCUGAUAGAAGCGGAGCGACUUCGCGAUGUAUCCAUAAGAAUCGUACAUCAGCCAGAGAGGGAUGAAGACCCAG